UUUCAAGUCUUUGUCAAUUCUCGGUCAACCAGGUCUUGGUAAUCCGUUGAAACGUUGAAUGGGGGGCCACUAUACACUUCUUGGUCAAAUCGAUACUGUAGAUAGUGUUACCAUGUUGAACAGGAAUGAGGAAUUUUAAACUUAAUUCACCUUUUAUACCCAAAUUUGAAGUCAGAAAUUAGUCAAGCACAACUUUCAAUCACUAAAACACAAGUUUGCUGUUGAGGAUAAUUUGACAUAGUCAUGAAAUAAAGGGAGUGUUGCGUCAGAAAAGGGCAUCCGGCUUAAAACCUUGCCAAACAAAUAUCAGCAUUCAUCCAAAGAAUUCCGUACCGGAUCAGUCGUGGCCCGGGUUAACAACGUCCGCCCCCGGCGCCGUUAUCCUGCAGGGCGGCGGUGGAGAUUCAGCUACUGUGAGGUCGAAGACGAAGGAGAGGUGGAAAGCGGGUUCUUCGGCAGAAAGAGAAGAGGAAAGCACAGAGCCUAGAACUGAAUGUUGGGACUUUGAACGUUGGGACUAUGACAGGAAAAUCUCGGGAGUUGGUUGACAUGAUGAUUAGGAGAAAGCUUGAUAUAUUGUGUGUCCAGGAGACCAGGUGGAAAGGCAGUAAGGCGAGAAGUUUAGGCGCAGGGUUGAAAUUAUUUUACCACGGUGUAGAUGGGAAGAGAAAUGGAGUCGGGGUUAUUUUAAAAGAAGAGUUGGCUAAGAAUGUCUUGGAGGCGAAAAGAGUAACAGAUCGACCUAGAGCUGCAAGAGAAAUUCCGGAAGGAGCUAGACGAAGUGGUUCUGAGCCUCGCAGACAGAGAGAGAGUCGUGAUUGGAGCAGAUUGUAAUGGACAUGGGUGAUGAAGAAGUGAUAGCUAAGUACGGCCUCCAAGAAAGGAACUUGGAGGGACAGUAUGGCGGUCGACUUUGCAAAAAAGGAUGCAAAUUGCUGUAGUGAACACUUUUUUCCAGAAGAGGCAGGAACAUAGGGUGACCUACAAGAGCGAUGCUAUCUGAAGGAGGUUGCCGACUGUAAGGUAGUGGUAGGGGAGAGCGUGACGAGACAGCAAAGAAGACGACUCCGGUGGUGGGGGGGGGAAGAUUAAGAAGAAAAAGGCAGAGCAAAGAGGGAGAUAGAGAGACGCCACACGGGGAGGGACACCGGACGCCGCAGGAAAAAAAAGCAAACACGACAACACGCGAUGUGAAGAAGACACAAAAGUGGAGACGACGCAAAAGUGAAGAAACACAAGAAGAGCCAACUUAAAAAAAGACCUGCUGCUUACGUUUGUGUGAGUAUCCACAAUCAUGAGAAUGCCAGUCGGUGCCGACGGGCCCUUCAACCAGUCUUCCAACGAGACCGUUUCCACCUCGCCGCAGUGCGGGUCCGCCCCCGCCGCCUGGACCCGCCACGUCUUCACGGUGGUCUACAGCCUGGUCUUCCUGACGGGCCUGCUGCUGAACGGCGUGAGGCUGAAAGUGUUUCUGCGCGGCGCCCGCUCGUCCCGCUGCGUCACCGUCUACCUCAAGAACCUGGCGGCCGCCGACUUCCUGCUGAGUCUUUGCCUUCCCUUCCGCAUCGCCAAGCACGCCGGCGCUUUGCGGCCGCUGCUUCGCGCCUACUGCAGCUUCGGAGCGCCCGCCUUCUACCUCAACAUGUAUGCCAGCAUCCUGUUCAUGGGCUACAUCGCCGCCAACAGGUACCUGAAGAUCGUGCGUCCGUCGGGAACUCCCGUGCUGCAGUCGGUGCCGGCGGCUCACGCGGUCUCGGCGGCCACGUGGCUCGUCCUUCUCGCCGUGACGGGCGCCUACGUGGUCCUGUCGCUGGUCACGCGCCAGCCCCCGUCCGCCGGCGACGCGGCGACCUGCGAAGACCUCCAAAGUGGGCCCCUCGAGCACUUCUACAAGGUGGUUCACGGCUUCUCGGCCGCCGUCUUCCUGCUGGUCCUGGCGGCGCUGCUCUUCUUCUACUGCAGCACCUCCCGCAGGCUGGCGGCGGUGCAACGCCGGCGGGCGGCGUCCUCCGGCGCCCGGAAGCUGGCCAAGUCUCGCCGGAACAUCUGCGUCCUGGUGAGCGUGUUCUGCGUGUGUUUCGUGCCCUACCACCUGGUGCGCCUGCCGUACGCCGUGCUGAAGUCGCCCGGCUGCUCGGCCAGGGCGGCCUUAUUCUACCUGAAGGACGUCACCGUCGCCGUGUCCGUUUUCAACAUCUGCCUGGACCCGCUCAUCUACUUCCUCUUCUGCAACGGCUCUCGGGAGCAGCUGAGACGAAGCCGCGCAAUCGCUUCCUCGAAGCUCGCCGACGCCGAAUGGACGAGCGGCGGCCGAACGUUGAGGAAGACGUCUGACUGUCCUUCGAGUAGUUACCUGACUUGACUGUCGCCUUGUUUCUAUGACGACGGGGAGUGCUAUUAAAGUUACAAUGACUUCAGUUGUUGUUAUGUUUAUUUGAGAGGAAAAACAGCACUCCGUAAUGCGGUACAUUAUGAAAACCUCAUGAAAUAAAAUGUCAAGAAUUAAACCGUUUGUGA